AUGGUUCCUACGACUCAGAAGGCCCUCAUCAACCCUGCUCCAGGUGGUGGGUGGAAGCUGCACACUACUUUCCCUGUCCCCGUCCCCGGAGCGGGCGAGGUGCAAAUCAAGAUCAUGGCGUCGUCGCUCAACCCUGGUGACUGGAAGAUCGCGGCACACGGCAGUCCACUUGGUGGCUCUACAUAUCCGUGGGUCGGUGGGCUCGAUCUUGCCGGUGUUGUGGAAGCUGUUGGAGAAGGUGUUGAUCAUCUCGCCGUGGGAGACAGAGUGUUCUCUCCUACUCACCUUUCGCCUGAGACAUCGGCCUGGCAGGAGUACUGCAUCCAGCCAGCUGGAAAUGUUGCGAAGAUUCCUGACAACAUCCCGUUCGAACGCGCGGCUGGUGUUGCUGUACCGUUCAACACCUGCGUGCUGGGCUUGUGGAACCGCGACCCCGGCGCAACCGCAAUCUCGCUCGGUCUCCCUGCCCCCUGGGAGGAGGGCGGUAAGGCCGUGGGUGUUGGGAAGGCCGCCUUCAUCGUCGGAGGCUCUACCUCCGUUGGGCAGUUCGCGAUCCAGUGCGCCCGCAUGAAUGGUUUCUCGUCAAUAGUCACCACCGCCUCCUCGAAGCACGCGGACUGGCUCAAGUCCCUCGGCGCGACGCACGUCAUCGACCGCGCGCUCUCCGAAGUCGACACGCUCGCUGAGCUCGCAAAGUUCACCGCCGACACCCCUGUCACGCUCGCGUUCGAGUGUGUCGAGGGCAGCGUUACCGAGCGCCUCGCGUACCAAGGUCUCAGCCUCGGCGGUGGGCUGGUCUGCGUGAACCCGAUGCUGAACCCGGCGGAGACGUUCGCCGAAGUCAAGAAAGACAGGGACGGGAAGAAGGUCGUGAAGGUGUUCGCGGAGCUCAAGCUCGUGCCGGAGAACGUCACCGUUGGGGUAGAGGCGUACAAGCAUGUCUCGGCGUGGCUCGCGGACGGCUCGCUCGUGCCGUGCCGGGUGGAGGUGUUGCCGAGGGGGCUGUUGGGGAUCCCGGAGGGGUUGGAGAGAUUGGCUAGGGGCGUGGUGAGCGGCGUGAAGCUGGUCGCUCGCAUCGCUGAGACGUUGUGA